GUUGUAGACGGUGCUAGCUAGUGCAAUUCUAUUGGCUUUACUUUGCCAAAAAGUCCCGCAAGCCUCCUUUUUAAUUUCCUUUAAUGAGCUUGCUAACGUGGACAUUGAGCGUAUAAAUAAUCCACUUUAAUGAGCUUGCUAGCAGAAAAUAAAUUCUUUUAUCUCUAUAAGUUUGUGUUUUGCAGAGCCAUUAACUGAAAUAAACUCACUAAUCUUUCUUCUCAUUCCUCUCUUGCAUUUCGCAUAGAGAAAAAUGUCUAAAAAUGUCAUUUUACCAAUCUAUCUUAUAAUUGGAGUCUCUUGUUUUCUCAUGAUCAAGAUCAGUGCCUUUACAGCUUCUGGUUGGACUCAAGCUCACGCAACCUUCUAUGGAGGCAGUGAUGCUUCCGGGACAAUGGGUGGUGCUUGUGGAUAUGGGAACUUGUAUUCAACUGGUUAUGGGACUAGAACUGCAGCAUUGAGCACUGCAUUGUUCAAUGAUGGAGCAUCAUGUGGGCAAUGUUACAAGAUUAUGUGUGAUUACAAAGCCGAUCCUAAAUGGUGCAUCAAAGGAACUUCUGUUACUGUUACUGCUACAAACUUUUGCCCUCCAAACUAUGCUCUUCCUAGUGACAAUGGAGGCUGGUGCAACCCACCUCACCAGCAUUUCGACAUGGCUCAACCCGCUUGGGAAAAAAUUGGAAUUUAUAGAGGUGGAAUCGUGCCCAUCAUCUAUCAAAGGGUUCCGUGCAAGAAACACGGUGGAGUUAGGUUCACAAUCAGUGGAAGGGACUACUUUGAGCUUGUAAUUAUAACCAAUGUGGGAAAUGCUGGAUCUAUUCAAUCAGUGCAAAUCAAGGGCUCAAGAACAGACUGGAUGGCUAUGUCUAGGAAUUGGGGGGCUAAUUGGCAAUCCAAUUCUUACCUCAAUGGUCAAUCUAUAUCCUUCAAGGUCACGACCACUGAUGGUCAAACAAGAACUUUCCUAAACAUUGUCCCAUCAAAUUGGGGCUUUGGCCAAACAUUUUCAAGCUCUGUCCAAUUCUAAGUUGAUAAUGGGCCAUCCAGUUUUAGGUUAUGGGCUUUCAUGCUUUACAGGCUGCGGCGUGCUUAUCCUUUUACUGAAAGCAGCCCGCCAAUGUUUAUGGGCUAUAGAGUAUUGUAUUUGACAUUCGUGCCUGAAUUUAAGCCCACCAGAAAAUUGGUUAACACUCUGUA